AUGGCCAAAGAUCUGACGACGACCAAGUAUGAGCCCAUACACCCAGAGGGCCUGGCGCUCGCUCUGUUGGUGGUAACCAUCGUCUGCACCGUCAUAUCCAGCAUUGUGGUGUGUCUAAGGUUCUACGUCCGCAUGUCGUUGCACGCGUUCGCCAUCGAGGAUUGGUUGAUGCUCGCUGGAUGGAUCAUUAACCUCGGGCACAACGCCUCCGUUAUAGUUCUCGCAUACAGCGGUAUCGGAUCACACGACGACAUCAUCACGGUCGGCAUGCAGUACAAAGUAGGGCUUUGGACAAUGAUAUGGCAGUUUCUAUACGUGUUGGAUGGUGCCCUCAUCAAAUCGAGCAUCAUCUGGACCCUGCUCCGGCUUGCCACGGACUUGAAUAAGAUGUACAGAAACGCUCUCUGGGCCUUGUUCGCCUUGAGCUGGAUCGUCUGGCAAAUAUCAUGGCCUGUGGCCAUCUUCCAGUGCAAGCCUGUGUCAGCAGCAUGGGGCAAGCCGGGAGACUGCACUUCAGGCCAGACAGUCAUUCUGAACGUUUCGUACUUCGUCUCAGCUGCCAACAUCUUUACUGAUGUGAGCACCACUGUGUUGCCUAUUCUCUUGCUCCGACACCUGCAGAUGCCCAAGAGGAUGAAACUCCUGACUAUGGGCAUCCUGUCACUGGGUGUCUUUGCGUCAGUGGCCACGACCAUCCGCAUAACCUACACGUGGGCGUAUACUAUACCUACCGAGAGACUUUACGAGAUCGGAAAAAUUGUCAUGUUGACAGUUCUCGAGUGUGAUUUGGGCAUCGUCGCCGGUUCCAUGCCCAUGCUACGCCGUCUCAUCCGCAACCUAGUCCCCUCGUAUGGCGCAAGCGACAGAACGCCUGGCAGGUCCGGCGAUGUCAACCUGGUGACCAUUGGCGGGACGGGCGGGCGACGCACGCACAUGAAGCUGUCUAACGCCGAUGCUAGCAGAGUCGACGGCGACCAGUAUCGCCAUUUUCAGGACAAGGAAAGCAAUGGCGAUGAUGAGUCAACUCGCCACAUUAUUCAUGUUACCCGCGAGGUUGAACAAGACAGUGUCUCGUGUAGAGGCCUGUCUCCUAGUCAGUUUGAGGCUGGUGCGUCAAGCAGUAGCAGACUCCGCUAA